AUGAACUACCUUAAGGCAAAUACUAGUAGAUCCCUUCUACUUAAAGUAGAGCCAUUUACUGGUGAUGAUAUUCUUACUAGUUUCUUACAUGGAGUUGCUGAUGAGUGGCAAACAACUUUCUAUGUGACUCAAAAUACAGCAGGAACAUCAAAUUGGG